AUGAAGGCUCUCAGGAACUACUUUGUUAGUGAACACCCAGUCGACCAAAUCAAUACUCCAGGAAGCCGUUCCGAGUCGGAGAGCUCCCGGCGGUCUUCUACAAACCAUCGAAAAUCCAGUUCACUGAAGUCCCAGUCUUCCCAACCGCCCCCUCGCACCAAUAACAAGCCAGACACAUGCUUGCCCGUCUGGGCAGGACAGGAUCUGGGUCAUGUUGCAGACAUCAGAGCAGAGAUUAUGGUACAGAACCUGUGGCAAGACCAGUUGCGCAGAGUCUACGCGUCUGGAUUUGACCCAGAGGAAGGUGCUGUUCUGAAGAAGGGCCGGGGGGACUACAUCUGUGCUCCAGCCAGCCUGGAAACGAUCCCGAAUGGCUUCUUCGAGAUGGUCCGCCAGCUAAACGUCAGCGUGGUCAACUCACCGGUUGUUCAGUCCAUCAUGCUGAGGGUGCCCGACCACCUCCAGUCGCUCCCAGUAUCCGAUGGCCUAAAACUCCAAGUGCUCCCGAGUAUGAGGCACCUCCCCAGCUGCCACAAGCAUCAUUUUGCCGCCUUUGUCAAGGACCCUCCGAUGUUGGUGGUGUGGGACGACGAUCCGCAGAAGGUUCUUUCAAGAGCCGAAAAUAUCGAGCAAAUGAUUGUCAGAUAUGUCUGGCAUAUGGCUGAGGAGUUGGACCAGCGGGCCGAGAAAGGACACACGCUGGAGUCUAUCCCAGAAGAGAUCUCACUAGCGGACCUGGAGAAUGGCAUCGUCGCUGAGGUGAGGCCCUUAAAGCUCAGCAGCUGCAUCAUUGUAUCUCUUGCUCUCUGCCUCUCCAUCUCUUGUCUCGGCCUUGGUUGGAGAGCCUUGGCUCUGCAGACGACCGUUGACGGCUCUUACUUGAGGAUGUGUCUCGUCAUCGUUGCACCGCUCACAAUUGCCGUCAGUCUUUUCUUCUUCCUCAUUAUCGUGGCCGAUAUCUUUGAACUUGUAGGCCCUGUUGGCUGCGUUGUUGAGAACUCGCAGAACUAUUCAGGCAAGGCUCCGCGACGUCUAGACAGAGCCCAGGGUUCAUUUCCCCACGUCACUAUACAGAUGCCGGUCUACAAGGAAGGCCUGAACCCUGUCAUCAAGCCCACUGUUCUGUCAGUCAAGACUGCCAUUUCAACAUACGAGAUGCAGGGAGGGAGCGCCAACAUCUUUGUCAACGACGACGGUAUGCAACUGCUAUCUGAAGACGAGGCGCAGAUGCGUCGGGAAUUCUAUGACGAGCACAACAUCGGCUGGACGGCUCGGCCAAAGCAUGACCCCAAGCCCAAAGACUCGACGGCGCGUGCUUUCGUCCGGCGAGGGCGAUUCAAGAAGGCGUCGAAUAUGAAUUACGGCCUCAGGAUCAGUAACCUGAUCGAAGGCAAGCUCUUGACCGUGGAACGCAAUGAGAAAUGGAAUCACGACGCGGAGUUAGAAGCAUACAGACGAUGCAUGGACAAGGUCAUUGAAGAGGAUCAAGGACGCACCAUGGCCGGCGGCAACGUCCGCAUCGGGGAGUACAUUCUCCUGAUUGAUUCCGAUACCAGAGUCCCAAGUGAUUGUCUCCUCGAUGCCGUCAGCGAGAUGGAGGCAUCGCCACAGGUCGCCGUUAUCCAGUACACAUCAGGUGUGAUGAAUGUUAGCGACUCGUUUUUCGAGAAGGGAGUUACUUGGUUUACCAACCUGAUUUACACCAGCAUCACCUUUGCCGUGGCCAUGGGCGACAUUCCACCCUUCGUAGGGCACAAUGCUAUCAUGCGAUGGUCAGCGCUGCAGGACGCUGCCUCCUACAUCUGCGAGCAUGACAAGUGCGAAAAGUUCUGGUCCGAAUCCCACGUCUCCGAGGACUUUGACAUGGCGUUGCGACUGCAGACCUCGGGCUACCAGCUGCGCUUCGGGGCCUACACAGGCGACGGCUUCAAGGAGGGCGUGUCACUGACCGUCUAUGACGAAUUGAUGCGCUGGGAAAAGUACGCGUACGGCGUGAACGAGCUGCUGUUCCAUCCUCUCCGAAAGUGGCCCUACAGAGGUCCCUUCACGCCGCUAUUCCGCCAGUUCGCUUGGUCGAAUAUCCCAUUCUACAAGAAGUGCACCAUAAUGGCAUACAUCACGACAUACUAUGCAAUUGGUCUAUCGUGGCCAUUAACCCUGCUCAACUACUUUCUCACCGGUUGGUUUUUCGGCCACUAUGAUAAGUACUAUAUCGAUUCGUUCGCGGUCUAUUUCGCCAUUAUUAUCGUCUUUCCUGUAGCGAGCAAUGUCUGUCUUGCUGUGCUGCGUUAUCGGCUGGGGCAACAGGGCCUCAUACAAGCUCUCAUUUCCAACUUCAAAUGGGCUCCCCUCUUCACCAUAUUUCUCGGUGGCAUCUCACUUCACGUGUCCAAGGCGCUCCUCUGCCACUUCUUCGAAAUCAAUAUCCAGUGGGGCGCAACAUCCAAGGAGGUGGAACGGUGUAAUUUCUUGGAGGAGGUUCCCAAGAUCCUCAAGAGUUUCUGCGGUACAUUCCUCUUCUGCUUCCUCAUGACGGCGCUCAUGGUAUGCGGCAUGUACCUGUUCCCGCGGGUCUGGCGCAUCGACGAGUUUGCUUCCAUCUACCCGCUCGCGAGCGUGACCGUGUGUCACUUUUUGCUGCCCGUUCUGUUGAAUCCGGCCUUGAUGAAGUUCAGUUUCUAG